UGAUCUGAAUUACAAGAAAAAUUCCAUUUGCAUCAAAUCUGCGAAUGGGGUUGUUUUGGCUGGAAGCACAUGGGUUUCUCCAAGCCUCAUUCAGAUGAAUGGACUGAUUCUCAGUCGCAGUGAAGGCGCCUCAGGCUUUAAGUUCAUUCACGUCACUAUUUCGUACGAAUCCUAAAACAACUAUUAUUUGAUGGAUGGUAUUUUGUAGGCAAAGAUGGCCGCUCUGCAUGUCACCCAGCACCAUGCUUGUGCAUUGUGAUGUCACCCAGCAGCAAUCUCUAUUGUGAUGUCAUCGGGGUAUAUAAGGAGGCGCUGGGCACAGAGCGGUCACUCGUCAGUUGGAUGUGACACGUUCGCAGGCUGAAGGGAUUUGUGACAGAACGUCAUGCGAUUCUUUACUUCCUAUUAUCUGCUGCUGCAGAUCAUAGUAUUUCUAUGUGGAGCUCAGGUAGCGACAUCUUGCCUGAAAUGCUUCACCACCCCAGCGGACAGAGCCAGCAUUUGUUACCAUGCGGUCUCGCUGGACAAAAUGGGGGCCGAAGAAUGUCUCCAGAGGCUACACUGGGGCUUUGACCCCCUGAAUAACAUCUCGAUAGCCUUCAACCAGAUACAGAACAUCAGAAAGUAUCUCAAGACCUUUGAAAAAGAGGUCAAGAAAAUUGAAAAACUAGCUUGGGUCGAACAGUUUGACAAAAAGAUGGCUGAAUUUGUGAAAGGCGUGAAAGACCGUGCCGCAAGUCAUCCACCGGUGGAAUGCAGACCUCCAUGUGGGCUUCAAAAAGCUGCCCGAAUCUUCUCAUGCAGCCGAUGUGCUGAGGAGGACUGCAACAUCCCGGUGACCUGUCCCCUUAAGGACAUCAAGGUGGAAGAGCUGGAAGAGACCAGAAUCUGGUGCACGGCGUCCUUUAUCCUUCCCGAUCAUCCGAAGGUUGUUUGGAAGUACGCCAAAAACAUAAAAAAAAACGGAUUUGAGUAA